UAUGGAGCAGAGCUGCGGCCAACUCCGGAAGGUUAAGUCCUAAACCUUGGAGCAGCAUGGACCUAGGCACGGCGCCAUUGUGCUAUGAGCUUCUUGCGGAGAUCGGAGAAGGCUCUUAUGGAAAAGUUUACAAGGCCCGAGAGGUGGGCGGACAACAGCGCCUCCUCGCGGUCAAGAAACUCAACAUCCGCGCAGACUCCACAGACACUGGCAUCCCUGCCUUCAUGAUCCGAGAGGUGGCGCUGCUGCUCAAAAUGAAGUUCUUCAACCAUCCAAAUGUUGUGAAACUGCUGGAUGCCUGUGCAGUUCCUGAGGGCCUCAGUAUGGACCUCACUUUGGUUCUCGAGUACAUUGACCAGGACCUCUCCUCCUACCUCUCCAAAGCCCCCCCCACUGGUCUCAACCUGGACUGCAUCAAGAGUGUGAUGCAGCAGCUGCUUCAGGGCUUGGACUUUUUGCACACAAACAUGGUCCUUCACAGAGACUUGAAGCCUGAGAACAUUUUGAUCAGCAGCCAUGGAGACGUGAAGAUCGCAGACUUCGGACUGGCACGACUUUACACUUUUAACAUCGCUCUCACACCUGGAGUGGUGACUUUGUGGUACCGAGCUCCAGAGGUGCUACUGAACUCUGUGUACAUGUCUUCUGUUGAUAUUUGGAGCGCCGGCUGCAUCUUCGCUGAGCUCUUCCUCCUGAGGCCACUGUUUCAGGGAUACACAGAGGUUCAGCAGCUCCAGAAAAUAUUUGAGGUGAUUGGUUUCCCCAGUGAGGAGGACUGGCCUAAAGACAGCCCCCUCUUGUACCAGUCACAUCAGGGCCUCGCGAGCUCCUGCACUAAACUACUGAGCAACCUGGGCCCAGAUGAGAGCAACCUCCUCUCUCAAUGUCUGGCCUUCAGACCCAGCAGCCGUAUCUCUGCUGCCAAAGCUCUGGCUCAUCCUUUUUUCAUGAAGAAAUGAAGAUUUUAUUUGUCCAAAGAAGCUGUGAAUCGUGAGCUCUAAAAUGUUCACAUCAUGAACUCUGAGUUACACCUGUGAGCAUCACCACACAGGGACCUAAACAAUGUUGCUGCUAAAACAGGAAGUUCUGUAUUUGAUGGGACCGGCCCUUUAAGGGAGGAGGUUUUGGUGUUCCUUGUAAUGUUUACAUGUAUUCUACACUUGCACAAAUGAUUACUGGAAAAUUAUCU